AUGAAUCCCGAGAGAAAGAGCAUCCAUAAUUACAAGUUUGUGGAGCUUCCAUUGGCUGUGUUGAGAGGACUUGGGGCACGAUUAGACCUAACUCACAAAGACGCCUUCAAGGAAACAUAUGGUAACCUGCUGGGUAUUUUGAACACCGAGGUCAAUAUCACCGUUGUGCAUACCUUGGUACAGUUCUACGAUCCACCACUAAGGUGCUUCACUUUCCAAGACUAUCAGCUAGCACCGACACUGGAAGAGUAUUCUCAUAUUUUGGGUAUCAGGAUAAAGAACCAGGUGCCUUACAUCCGCACUAAGGAACUUCCUGAAUAUCGAGAACUUGCUGAAGCUCUGCAUAUGGGAAAGAAGGAGAUAGAACUGAACCUGAAACCAAAAGGUGGAAUCCAUGGCUUCACCUCUAAGUUUCUCGUAGACAAGGCUAUCACUUUUGCUGAAGCUGGAAGCUGGACGACCUUCAACGCCCAUCUAGCUUUACCCAUCUAUGGGAUUAUGCUGUUUCAGAAUAUGGAGGAGUUCGUAGACUUGGCUGAUAUUCACAUCUUCUUGACUCAAAACCCGAUUCCCACUCUCCUUGCUGAUACUUACUAUUCCAUUGACGUAAGGACCCAGAAGAAGAAAGGGACUAUCGUCUGUUACACCCCUUUACUGUAUAGAUGGUUUAUUUUGCAUCUACCUCUCAUCCUCAAUUGUGGGGAUUUUCCUAGUGUGCCUCUUCUUGGUACAAAAGGAGGAAUCAACUACAACCCGAGGUUAGCAUUGCGACAACUUGGAUAUCCUAUGGUAGACAAACCCGAUCUCGAAAGUGUAGAAGGUUUUGUUUUGUACGAAGGAGUCGAAGAGCCAAAGUUGAUCAAGAAGAUUGUCAAAGCUUGGGGGUCGAUUUGUCCUCAAGGAAGAGCAAAGAUGGGUAAGACGAAUUGUAUCGCCAAGGAAGCCUACACCAGUUGGGUCAAAAGCAGAGUCAGUGAGGUCUUAUUUCCGUUCCCGCCUGAACCAUCCAUGAACCUCCGAUCUUUUGAGCUAGAGAACCAGCCAAAUUCUGAGAUGGAUGAACUGAAGAAGGUUAUCAAGACUUUAGAGAAAGAGAAUGUCGAUCUCAAAUCUAAGCUUGCUAAGAUCUCAUUAGAGAAAGAGACCUUGAAAUUCAAUCUGAUUCAGAAGAGGGACCGAGUUCGCCAAGCUGAUGAAGAGGUACAGACCGAGGUUUUCAAAAGACUCAAAGUGGGUGACACCCUCAAAGGGACUUAUGCCAGUCUGACGACCAAAAAGAAGCAGUUGGCCGAAGCCUAA